AUGCCGUCUGAUUCAUUGGAUGUACAAGCAUUAGUACAAAAUUGCCGUUAUAUUAUCCGAGAAAGGUUUUUCACAAUAAGUAACAGUUUUAAAAUCAAAGAUGAACUAGGACGUGACAAAUAUAAUGUCAGAUCAAAAAAAUUGGCAUUGGGUAGAAAGCUCAUAUUUGAAGAUAUGAAUGGCACUGUUCUUUUGAAAAUCCAUCGAAAAGGAUUUCAUUUACUUGAUCAAAUUAGUAUUUUAUCAGCUGGUGAUAAUGAACUUAAUCAACAAGUGGCAACCAUUAGACAGAAAUUUACUUUUUUUAAGCAUAGUUAUAAGAUUUAUUCAAUUUAUGGUGAAUAUAAAUUAAAAGGUCUCAAUAUAUUCGAUCAAGCAUUUAUAUUAAAGACCAAAGAUGGUGAAACAAUAGCAACUGCAAAUAAGAAGAUUUUUGCAAUGGUCAACAUCUAUCAAGUUGAAAUAAUGGAUUCAAAUAAUGAUAAAAAACAAGAUCAUUCAUUUAUUUUAGCAUUAAUUAUUGCUCUACAUUGUUCAAUUUACUCUCCAUAA